GGCUUCAGGCUUACCAAGGAGAGAAACGAUUGUAUAGCUGCUGUUGGUGCUAUAUGUAUGUCAGAUCAAGAAUGUGCCAGUCUUCCCAAUUCAAGAUGCGAUAGUGGCAUUUGUGUUUGCAAAUUCAACUUUGUGCCUCAUCCAGAAGACCCAAUAUGUCUAGAACGUAAACAAUUGGGUGAACACUGCAACGUAGGCGAACAAUGUCACACAAAAUUCAACUUCAAUGCUCAUUGUGUCCGAGAAGUCUGUGUGUGCAGGGAAGAUCACCACGAAUCGAGGAACAGAACUUGCAUCCAAUCUAAAGGCUAUAACCAGAAUUGCGUUGAUGAUAUCGAAUGUUUCAUCGGAGAAGAAUACAGAGACAGGAUCAGGUGUUUCCAGAACAAGUGUCUUUGCAAACCUGAAUUUCAAGUCACUGAGGACGGAAAAUGCGGAUCCGGAGCUCCAGGUACACAAGUGUGGUCCUCGGUUAUGACAUUAGCAGUUAUGGCAUCAGUAGCAAAAAUCAUCACGAUGUAAAAUAAGAAAAGUACAAAAAAAUAAGAAAAAUAUUAACAAAAACAUUACAUUCAAUUUAGCUAUAAGGAAACAUCUUUUUCGAAGUCAAUAGUGGUAAAUAUAAAUUUAACAAUAAUUAAUAGAAAUAUGGAGCGCCUGGAUUUAAAACUUAAUUUA